CUAUUGCAGGACAAGAUAUUCAAAGUCACCGAAUCACUUGGAAUUAUUGUGUUCACUGAAAGAAUAAAUACUCUUUGUCAAUCAUCAUGGUGGCUAUCUUCCGGCCUCAUUUAUCUUGGGAAAUGUCGUCGACGGCGCAGAGAGGAGAAGCCGACGAUGGCAACAGCACCUUGUCUGAAAUGGAUUCAUCUUCCUUGAAAUUCGGGACACCGGAGGCGUUGGAGCAGGUGCGUAACCUCACCGACGUUGGAGCCAUGACUCGUCUUCUCCACGAGUGCAUUGCUUAUCAGCGAGCCCUAGAUCUAGAACUGGACACAAUCCUCUCCCACCGCACUGAUCUCGACAAGCAGCUCUCCGGCCUCCAAAAAUCCACUCAAGUGCUCGACAUUGUUAAAGCCGACGCCGAUCACCUCUUAUCCAACGUCACCUCCACUUCUCUCCUAGCCGAUCAAGUGAGCGCCAAAGUCCGCCAGCUCGAUCUUGCUCAAUCGCGCGUCAACGACACUCUCCUUCGCAUAGAUGCCAUUGUUCACCGCUCUAAUUGCCUUGACGGCGUCCACAAGGCGCUUGAUUCCGAGGACUUCGAAUCUGCCGCCAAUUACGUCCAGACCUUCCUCCAUCUUGACGCUAAGUAUAAGGAUUCCGCUGCCUCCGACCAGAGAGACCAGCUCUUGGCCUCCAAGAAGCAGCUUGAAGGGAUUGUUCGCCGCAGGUUGGCUGCUGCAGUGGAUCAGCGGGAUCAUUCCACUGUUUUGCGGUUCAUCAGGCUGUAUCCGCCGCUGGGAUUAGAGGAGGAGGGACUGCAAGUCUACGUGGCCUAUUUGAAGAAGGUUAUUGCCAUGAGAUCGCGCCUCGAGUACGAGCAAUUGGUGGAAAUGAUGAGCGAUCAACAGGGCUCAGGUCAGAACCAGCUUAAUUUUGUGUCCUGUUUGACUAAUUUAUUCAAAGAUAUUGUCUUGGCUAUUGAAGAGAAUGAUGAAACUUUAAGGAGCUUGUGUGGAGAGGAUGGCAUUGUUUAUGCUACAUGUGAACUUCAAGAAGAGUGUGAUUCUCGCGGUUCCACUAUUAUAAAGAAGUACAUGGAGUAUAGGAAACUAGCUAAAGUGACUUCUGAGAUUAAUUCUUAUAAGAGUAAUUUGCUAUCUGUUGGAGUUGAAGGACCGGACCCUCGAGAGAUUGAAGUAUAUUUGGAAGAGAUCUUGUCUUUGACUCAGUUGGGUGAGGAUUACACUGGGUAUAUGAUAUCAAAGAUUAGGGGCUUGAAUUCUGUUGAUCCCGAAUUAGGUCCCCGUGCCACCAAGACUUUUAGGAGUGGCAAUUUCAGUAAGGUUGUCCAAGAUAUAACUGGUUAUUAUGUGAUCUUGGAGGGGUACUUCAUG